AUGUCUUCUUCUGUUCCCCUCGAAAUUGCCUCCACAAUUCAGAGCGCAUCAAUAAAACGCGAUCCAUCUCCCGACCAUGACAUAAACCCUUCUACCGCCGCCUCCAGCAAGGAGCCCGUUUCCAUUCACCCAGAAUACGCAUACAUUGAGAAAGAUAGUAUCGAUGGCGAGGAAGAAGUAGAGGAGGAUAUUCCAUACGAUGUUAUAAGACCAUUACCACGCAGAGCGAGCUUCCCGCCUAUACCGGAUCUACGAUUCGAGCAGAGUUACUUGGCUAGUAUUGCGCAUGCAGAUUCGUAUUGGAAGGUUGCUUUCAUAACGAUUAGAGACCAGGUAUGCAUGCCACUCAUCCAAGGCGUUGCUGUGACCCUCCUCUGGGCCGGCUGGAAGCAUUGGAACAAGAACGCCAAACUCAGCGGCAAUAGUACGGGCGCCCGAGUCCGUCGAUGGUGGUACACGGUCAACAACUGGCCGAUCAAAGAGAAGAUAGCAGAGAUCGGAAAGAAUGCGAAGUUGGCGGCGGAGAUGGGGGAUUAUUUUGAAAACCAAGCUUCAGCUGGAGAUUGA